CUCUCUACUCCUUUUUCAGUUCCCUGUGUCUCUGGUGGUCUGCCUAAACCUAUGAAUAUCACCUUCGUAUCCAUAAAUAUGAAGAAUGUCCUACAGUGGGCUCCCCCCGAGGGUCUACAAGGAGUUGAAGUUACAUACACGGUGCAGUAUUUCAUAUACGGGCAAAAGAAAUGGCUGAGUAAAUCCAAAUGCAAAAAUAUCAAUAGGACCUACUGUGACCUUUCUGCUGAAACCUCUGACUAUGAGCACCAAUAUUACGCUAAAGUUAAGGCCAUGUGGGGAACAAAUUGCUCCAAGUGGGUUGAAACUGGACGGUUCUAUCCUUUUUUGGAAACACAAAUUGGCCCACCAGAGGUUUCCCUGACUACCGGUGAGAAGUCCAUUUCUAUUGUCCUGACAGCUCCAGAGAAGUGGAAGAGAAAUCCAGAAGACAGUUCCGUUUCCAUGCAACAAAUAUACUCCAAUCUGAAGUACAAUGUGUCCAUGUAUAACACUAAAUCAAAAAGAAUGUGGUCCCAGUGUAUCACCAACCACACGCUGGUGCUCAGCUGGCUGGAGCCCAACACUCUGUACUGCAUCAGCGUGGAAUCCUUCGUCCCAGGGCCCCCUCGCCUCACUCGGCCUUCUCAGAAGCAAUGUGUCAGUACUUUGGAAGAUCAAACAUCAGGAUUAAAAGUUAAAAUCAUCUUCUGGUAUGUUUUGCCCAUAUCUGUUACCAUAUUUCUUUUUUCUGUGAUUGGUUACUCCAUCUACCGAUAUAUCCACGUUGGCAAACAGAAACACCCAGCGACUUUGAUUUUGAUUUAUGGGCAUGAAUUUGACAAAAGAUUCUUCAUGCCUGCUGAAAAACUCGUGGAUAACUUUAUUGCCCUGAAUAUUCUGGAUGAUUCUAAAGUUUCUCAGAAGGAAAGGCUCAACAAAAGCAGGGAUGGACUCAACCUUAAUGAUCCUGAGUCCUGCCAGAGCCCAGAGCCCCAUCCAGAGGUGAAGCACUUGGGGUACACUUCACAUGUCAUGGAAAUUCUCUGUGACACUGGGGACAGCAGCAGAGGUGCUUCCCUGACCCAGCAGGAGUGGCUGGGCAGCUCCAGACCCACCACUGAAUAUGAGUACAACGUAAGAGCUGACUUAGGCCUGCGGCUCACAGAUCACCAGCUUAGUGUGCAGGAAGAGGAAGCCAGGCAAGGAAGUUCAUCUGAGCCACAGGCAGCUCUGGCAAAUGGGGACCAACAAAUGCCACUGUAUUCCUACACCCUUCAACUCAGUGACUUAGGCUACAUGGCCCAGGAGUACACAGGCCCAGAAGAGGGGCUACAAGAAGAGCCAUCGACAACACUGGUUGAUUGGGACCCUCGGACUGGCAGGCUGUGUAUCCCUUUGUUGUCUAGCUUUGACCAGGACCCUGAGGGCUGUGAACCUUACAAGGGUGGCCCUCUCACAGGAGAGGGCCUUUUGUCUAGACUCUAUGAGCAGCAGGUCCCAGACAAACCACCAGAAGAAAAUGAAAACUAUCUCAUGCAAUUUAUGGAGAAAUGGGAGUUAUGUGUACAAAUGGGAAACGAACCGAGACAUUCCUUUGCCGGACCCCUCCUGUGA